UCCCGACAGUAGUAAUUUGCGCGGCCCGUUUGCCGCUAACGGAGCUGGCUAGCUGAAAGGACUCGGAAUUCCGUUGUCGGUGACACAAAUCCAAGUCCAUCUGUGGUUGUAAACAGACUGGACGGUGCAUUAUUGAGGCGGUGAGCCCUUGGUCGAGAGUCUACAUGCUAAAUAUGUGGAAAGUCCGAGAACUGGUGGAUAAAGCCACUAAUGUGGUGAUGAACUACUCUGAGAUCGAGUCCAAGGUGCGAGAGGCCACCAACGAUGACUCCUGGGGUCCUUCUGGACAGCUCAUGGGAGAGAUCGCCAAAUCCACGUUCAUGUACGAGCAGUUCCCCGAGGUCAUGAACAUGCUGUGGACCAGAAUGCUGAAAGACAACAAGAAGAACUGGAGGAGAGUUUACAAGGCCUUACUACUACUUGCAUACCUCAUCAGGAACGGAUCGGAGCGAGUUGUCACCAGUGCGAGGGAACACAUCUACGACCUUCGCUCCUUGGAAAACUACCAUUUUGUCGAUGAGAGUGGGAAGGACCAGGGCAUCAACGUGCGUCAGAAGGUGAAGGAGAUGGUGGAGUUUGUCCAGGAUGACGACCGGCUCCGGGAGGAGAGGAAGAAAGCCAAGAAGAAUAAGGACAAGUACAUCGGCGUGUCCUCAGACAGCACUGGAGGAGGAUUCGGCAAGACCAGCCCGGGAGAAAUGUUUGACUCGGAGCCCAAAGGGAAGUGGGAUGAGGACUGGGACAAGAGCAAAGGAGCCUUCCCCUUCAGCGAGAAGCUGGGAGAGAUCAGCGACAAGAUCGGCAGCACCAUCGACGACACCAUUAACAAGUUCCGCAAGAAGGAGAGGGAUGACUCGCCUGACAGAAUCAGUGACAACGAGGAGGACAGGGUAUCGCGGAACGGCCGGCCGUUGUCGGGGUCUGGGAGUCUGUCGGGGGUGGAGUUCAAAGACGAGGAGGAGACUGUUACCACCAAGAGCAUCCAGAUCACCCAGGCAACAGAGACCACCACCACCACCACACGCAAACGGGGCGGCGUCCCGUCCAAAACCGUGGACCUGGGGGCUGCCGCACACUACACAGGGGACAGGAGCAGUCUGGAUGCAGACGACGCAAAGACGUCGGUCAGCCAGACUUCAAGCAGUGGCCUUGCAGACCUUCUGAUGGUGGACUCUGGGUCCAUUCAGGCGGCACCAGCAGGUGGAAGUUCAGACCUCAUCGGUGGCUUUGCUGACUUCUCCUCCCCAGCUGCCUCAGCCAGUCUCCCUUCAUCAGCCGGGCCAGGGUCCAAUGGGAACGGUGAGUUUGGGGAUUGGAAUGCAUUCUCCAGUCCUCCGGCCACCACCACCACUCCGUCUCAGCCAAUCACAGACCUGUUUGGUAGCAUCCAGCCUCCCCCAGCCUCGGCCCCCACACCGCCAUCAGCUGAGCUCUUUGACCUAAUGGGCUCCAAUCGCACCUCCCUCAGCGCCUCCCAAAGCAUGACCUUCUCCAUGUGUGGUAGCCAGAGUGUGGGCGCCGCCAACACCGGCCUGCCCAUCUCCAGAUCACAGAACUUUGGGCCAAUGCAGGGGGGCUUAUUGCCGCAGCACAUGGGACUCCAGAAGCCCUCUCCCCCCACAUGGUCGGACCCCAGUGUCAACAUCAGCCUGGACUUCCUGUCUCCUGGUAUGCAGUCGGCCAACUGUAAGCCAAGCCUCAAUAUGCUACAGCAAGAUCCCCUGCUUCCAGGAGUCCAGUCACCCAUCAACUUGGCUCAGAGUUUUGGAGGCCUGAAUAUGAACAUCCAGCCUACAGCCACACCCAUCAGACCUCCGACCAACCCCAUGAUGCCCGCCAGGGCCAUAGGCCUGGGCAUGCCUCCCACCAUGGCAACGGGUACCAUGGGAAUGGGAGGAAUGCCUGUCAAUCAGGGAAUCAUGGGAAUGAACCUGGGCGUGGCCCCCUCAGGCAUGGGCCUGCAAGGCACCCUGGGUAUGCCAGGAAUGGGCAUGGGGCAGCCCAUGGUCAACACUGCCAUGGUGCAACCCAAAAAAGAUGCCUUCGCAAACUUCGUCAACUUCGGGAAAUGAGAGCGCUGAAGGAUUUGUGUUGAAGAGUAUGUCAGAAUACACCAUUUUGAAGGAAAAGCUCAUACUUGAAAAAUAUCUGAUGGUGUUGCCCUUCAAUCCCUACUUUUGAAAUAUACAGGUAACUGCCAAAAUAAUGGAAACACUUAUAGUAAAUAUUGAAAGCAGGUAUGGUUCCUGAUUUAAUUAAGCAAUUAACAUCCCAUCAUGCUUCGGGUCAUGUAUACAAAUGCUGAGCAAGCCAUUAUUUUUGCAACCAUGGCUAUGCACCCAUAGGAUGACAAUAUCCUCAUCCACAGGGCAUGAGUGGUUUGUUGAGCAUAAAAACGAUGUGAACUAUAUGCCAUAGCCGAGUCACCAGAUCUCGUCACAUCCCUCCAAUAGUGUUCCAGACACUUGUAGAAUCUAUGCCAAGGUGCAUUGAAGCUGUUCUGGCUCUUAGUGGCCCAAGGCCCUAUUAAGACACUUUAUUAAGGUGUUUCCUUUAUUUUGCCAGUUACCUAUGUAUACUGAACAUAAAUAUAAAUGCAACAUGCAAGCAUUUAAUUGAUUUUACUGAGUUAUAGUUCAUAUGAGGAAUUUAUAUAAAUUCGUUAGGCCCUGGCUCACACAUGACUGGAAAUAAUAUGUUGGUCACAAAUACCUCACAAUGUGCCUCAGGGUCUUGUCACGGUAUUUUCAAAUUGUCAUCCAUAAAAUGCAGUUGUGCUUGUUGUCCGUAGUUUAUGCCUGCCCGUACCAUAACCCCACCGCCACCAUGGGGCACUCUGAUCACAACGUUGACAUCUGCAAACCGCUCGCCCACACAACGCCAUACAUGUGGUCUGCGGUUGUGAGGCCGGUAUGGACAUACUACCAAAUGAUCUAAAACGAUGUUGCAGUUCGGCUUAUGGUAGCGAAAUUAACAUUAAAUUCUCUGGCAACAGCUCUGGUAGACAUUCCUGCAGUCAGCAUGCCAAUUUGCACUUUCCCUCAAAACUUGAGACAUCUGUGGCAUUAUGUUGUGUGACAAAACUGCACAUUAUAGAGUGGCCUUUUAUUGUCCCCAGCACAAGGUGCGCCUGUGUAAUGAUCAUUCUGUUUAAUCAGCUUCUUGAUAUGCCACACCUGUCAGGUGGAUGGAUUAUCUUGGCAAAGUAGAAAUGCUCACUAACAGGGAUGUAAACAAAUUUGUGCGCACAAUUUCAGAUAAAUACGUUUUUUGUGCGUAUCGAACAUUUAUGGGAUCUUUAAUUUCAGUUCAUGAAACACGGGACCAACACUUUACAUGUUGCAUUUAUAUUUUUGUUCAGUGUAUGUGCUGUAUAAAUCAAGAGUUUGAAUUUGUUUUAGGGAUAGGGAAGGGGGCUGUGGCUUAUCUGAUGUAAGAUUUUGUAAAUGGUUGAAGGCAUAUACAGUAUAGUUUCGAAAGAAGGAGAAAGGUGUCUCUCCUACACCAGAUAAAAACAUGGUAGGCGUGUUACUUUGUCCCUUUUCUACUUUCAUGUUGUCAUCUCUCUGUUUCCAACCUGUCAUCAGAAUGUUCAGGAAUUACCUCACAUUUACCAUAAUUCAUUGACCAUAUGUAAAUAUAUUUUCGGUGUGCAAAAAAAUACAUUUUUGCGUUAUUGAUGACGUCUUGGACCGUAUGACGUGGAGAGCAAGCCUAAAGGACAAAGAAGUACCCCAAGUCCUUAAAUUCUUAUUUUUUUUGUUGUGUUUUGUAGUCCAAUUACAUUUGAAUAUCUGAAACCUACAGUCUGUUACAGGUGCAUGUUUUAAGCUGAACUUUCAAUGCCCACGGUUCUAUUGCCUGUUCUACCAUCUUAAGAGGUUAACCAUCAGCAUUAAGCAAAGCUGUUAACCAUAAGCACCAGCUUCUGCUGUUGUGUCCCAAAUGGCACCCUGUUCCCAACACACUGAAUGUACAAGACCCUCCCCCUUUUGCCCACAGAACAGCCUCAAUUCAUUGGGACAUAGACUCUACAAUGUGUCAAAAGUGUUCCACGGGGAUGCUGGCCCAUAUUGACUCCAAUGCUUUCCACAGUUGUGUCAAGUUGGCUGGAUGUCCUUUGGUUGGUGAACCAUUCUUGAUACACACAGGAAAAUGUUGAGCGUGAAAAGCCCAGCAGCUUUGCAGCUCUUGACACUCAAACCAGUGCGCCUGGCACCUACUACCAUACCCUGUUCUAAUGCACUUGUCUUAAAAGUCCUUCUUUAACCGGUCUGUGCCCCUUCAUCUACACUGAUUGAUUUGACGUGGAUUUAACAAGUGUCAUCAAUAAGGGAUCGUAGCUUUCACCUGGUCAGUCUGUCAUGGAUAGAGCAGGUGUCCUUAAUGUUUUGUACACUCCGUGUCUAGUGCACUAUAAAGGGAUUCGAGUGCCAUUUGGGAUUCAUAUGCUUUUCCAUCCCAAUGUGAUCAUGUACAGUGGCAUUGGUAGUGUUACCCAGACAGAGGCUAUAUGGUGCCUCACAGUGAAACCCAUGCCGUGUCUGUUAUGAGUAUGGUCACAGAGGCUGACACAAGAAUAAAUCAUUAUUUGAUUGAGA